AUGAACAAUUUUACCUCCAUGAUGACUUUUCUGCUGCUGGGAUUCUCAGACAUCCGAGAACUACAAAUCAUCCAUUUCUCUGUAUUGCUAGCACUGUAUCUGAUGGCAGUAAUAGGGAAUUUUCUCAUCAUCAUUGCCAUCAUCAUUGACUACCACUUGCAUAUCCCAAUGUACUUCUUCCUCUUGAACUUGGCCAUGAUAGACCUUGGCUUCAUUUCGGUGAUGGUCCCCAAAUCAAUGGCUGUCUCGCUUAUGGAUGACAGGUCCAUUUCUUAUUCUGGAUGUGCGGCUCAAGUUUUCUUUUGCUUCUUUUUUGGAUCAUCAGAUUUAAUUACCCUAACCAUAAUGGCACAUGAUCGCCAUAUUGCAAUAUGCAACCCACUCGAGUAUGAGAGAAUUAUGCACAAAGAAGCCUGCUAUAAGAUGGUGGCCGCUGGGUGGAUAUUCAGUCUCUUUUAUGCCACCUUGCAUACAGGUGCAACCUUUGCAAAUACCUUUUGUUCUAAUAGCAUCAAUCAGUUCUUCUGCGAGGCCCCACAUUUAUUAAAGCUUUCAUGUUCUGAUCUUUAUUUAGCUGAAGUCUGGCUUCUUGCCCUAAGCUGUGGUGCAGUGCUAGGAUGCCUUCUCUUCAUUUUCAUGACAUACCUGAAGAUCUUUGCUACGGUGCUGAGAAUGCCAUCUGUACAUGGGCAGAGGAAAGCUCUCUCCACUUGCAUUCCCCACCUCACUGUUGCCUCCGUUUAUUUGUUAGCUGCAUUAUUUGCCUAUGUAAAACCACCCAGGGGUGUUUCUUCUACUCUGGAUGUGGUUUGUGCUCUGAUAUAUUCCAUAAUUCCUCCCACACUGAAUCCACUCAUCUACAGCAUGAGAAACGGUGAGAUCAAGGCUGCUUUAUGGAAACUCUUUAAACUGGUGUUCUCCUCUAAAAACAUUGUUUUCUGA